AUGAAUGAGAUAGAAAAGCAGGAGAAAGAAUUUUACAGUAAAUUGCAGGUUGCUGGAAGUAUUAAAUUUGUCGUUGGCGAAGAAAGUGACGAGUUUAUUGGUCUGACGAAGCCGAAGCUGACGAAGAAUGAGAAAUUUUCUCGUGAUUUAGCAACAAUACUGGCAAGGAAAAAAGAAGCGGUGGCAGUAAAUUUGACAACUUACCCAGAUUACUGUAUAAUUUAUAUUUCUAAAAACAGUAAUUGGCUUCAAGUAGAUUUUAAAUAUAUCAAUAAAAUCCAGGAAUGCCUGAUAAAAAUAUCAAAAUAUGAACCCAUGAAAUGGGAAGAAGCAAUUAAAAAGUCUGAUACAAAGACUUUAUCUGCCAGCGUAAUUGCGUACUGUUCUGAGAAGUUCGAAUCCAGACUUGAUAAACUUAAAAGAGACAUUAGAGAUGGUAAAAAUGAUCAAUAUAUUAAAUCUUUUAUAGAAUAUGCUUCAAAUUCAGUUGACAUUAAUCAUGAUAAAGCGAAUAAACUCAUCAUAUCAAGGGUUUGUUGCUGUUAUUAUAAAAAAGUUUCUAAAGAUGUUACAAUUCCGAAAAAAUUUCUAAAGCAUCUCAAAAAGGUAGGAUCAUAUAUGAGGUCUUUGAUCGAUAUCACGAGUUGCGCAUGUAAUAAAAAAUACAAAGUCCUGUUUUCCAAUAUGAAACUGCAUAUAUUGAAGCCCAUUGUUACUCAUCAACCCAUAUUUUCAUGGAAAAACAUCAUCCAAAGGUUUAUUCCUGAUCCCAUGGAGUAUGAAAAUUUCAAGAAUGCAUGUUUGGGUAAUAAAAUCAAAGCGAGCAGAUUAGAAAAAAUAUAUGAUGAUGUAAAAAAUCUGGAACUUGAAAGCAUUAAACAAGGCAUAUAUUUACACGCCGAAAUGAACAUAUUGAACGAAAUAAUGAAUCAGAAAAAGAAAGCUAGGGUGUAUAUAGCAGUAUCCAAGAAAUGUUGUUACUUGUGUGAAUUGUAUAUCAAAUUUGCACAAAAACAAGGAUAUAAUAUCGUCAUCUCUGGAACGCACAAAAAGAUAUAUAAUCUAUGGAAACUUCCAACAGAUGUUGCCUUCAAAAGUAAUUUCCUGUCAUAUGUACUAAAAGAACUAGAUAAAAUCAUACAAGAAGAAAUAGAUAGUAGCUCCAGUUUAUUGGCGGAAUCUGGUAGCGAUGAAAGUAGCGCUGAUAAAAUUAAGGUUGAUGAUGAAGAACAUAAUGCUAAUCUUGACGCUGAACUUAAAGGUGUUUACAUAUAA